AUGGCCAACAUCAGCAAUAUCAUUUCCUCUGUGCUUGGCUCAUCCUCCUCCUCUGGUGAUGACACCCCCUCCUCCCCCCUCUGCAUCCUAGAGAAGAUGCUGGACUGCUGGGAGAAGGGUGAGCACCUCUUCUCCAGCUGCAAGGCCCCCAGCAAUUCCCUUGGCUCCUCUGAUGCCUCCUCAGCCCAUGAGGGCCAUGCACAUCCCUUCCCCACCCUUGAUAAGAAGGGAAAGAAGCCUGAGAGGGCCCAUAUGCCCCCCUCUUGCAUGGAGGGGGCAUAUACAAAGUAUGGCAGCCUGACCCCUGUUGAAGUGGGGAUGGGCAAACUUCUCUUCAAGUGCCUUUGUCAGCUCAGCUGGCCUGUUGAUGAGAUGGGUGGCAAUGAGCUCUGGCAGAUGUUCAUUGGUGAGCAUCUCAAGGACAAUGAGGAGGAGGGGGAAGAGGAGGGCAAGGGUGCAGGUGAGGAGGGGGAAGAGGGGGAGGGGGAGGAAAUGACUGUGGACAAGGCCAAUGAGAUCUCCUGCAAGCCUGACCACCCCUCCAAGCCCACCCAAGACAAGGUCAUCUGGGACCCUCUUGGGUCCACCAAGUUCAUGAUGAUGGAGGAGCUGGAGGAGGCCUCCCAGAUUGACUGCAAGAGGCUGGGCAGCCUUACGAAGGACAAAGCUCUUGCCUACAAAGAUGAGAUCAAUGCCUUUGUGAUGGCAUGGAACUAUUACCAUGGCCUUGAGCACAUUCAGCACAUCUGUGCACUGAACACUACCACAAAGAGGGAGAAGAAGAUGAAGUGCACCCAGUUGGUCUGGGCAAAGGCUGGAUGGGAGGUGGGGCUCAAGGAUGGGGCAAUGGGGGAGGGUCUGGCACAGCUCAUGCUGGGGGGGAGGGUCAAGCAGGUGAGGGAGAUAGAGGAAGUGGCUAUGGAGAAGGUUGGGGGGGCCUGGAAGGGGGCGAAGAAGAGGGUGCCCAAGGUGGGCAAGGUGAUCAAGGAGCAUGGGCCAUCCAUGGUCAGUGGCUUGCUGGCACUGGGUGGGCUAAUAUUGCACCUCAUCAACCUCCUCCACCUCAUCCCCACUGUGUAA